AUGGUGACACGUAUCCUUGAAGAUCCACGCGACCCCGAUCACAAUGUCCGGAUUUACGACAAUGAUGGAGCCCUGCUGGCAGCCUUUCGGGUCAGCCCAGACUCAAGCAACAGAUACCAUACUUCCGAGAUGUUGUAUCGCUACUGUAGCAUGAUAUUCAUCUUCCAGAACCAGUCAGAGUGGUCGAUCUUUAACCUGCAUGCAAAUGGAGUCCAUGGCCAGGCGCACCGUGUUCAAGCUCGAGUCCCCAUUUCACCGGACAACUAUAUUAUCCUUGAUAAAGGAGGGCAACCGAUCACCGUUCAGCUCACCACUCAGAGCGCCCCACGCCGUGUUCGCACUCGAGACUACCGCACUAAAUCGGCAGGACAGAACGAAAGAGACCGACUGCAGAAAAAGUUCCGGGAUGGCCUUCGGACAAGAGACACUCAUUGUGUAAUUUCUGGGCCCCCAUUAAUCCCCGAUGCACAAGACCCAUUUCAGACGAUGGAAGCCAGCCACAUCUUUCCUACAAGCAUGAUCCAGGAGUGGAACAGAAAUAACUACAAAGGUAACUGGAUUACCGACGACAGCCCUUCGAGUGAAAUCGGAGAGAGUGGCCUCUAUUCUCUGCAAAAUGGGCUUCUUCUUGAUAAAACUGUUCAUAGUUAUUUCGAUGAUUUCAAACUAGGGAUCGACCCGGAUGCAGGCUACAAAAUAAUCAUCUUUCGGGGAGACACGGCAAAACUCGGAGGGAAAUGCCUCAAGGACACUGCCAGACUUGGUACCAACCCAAGAAACCGAGUCUGUGCACAUCUCCUGCGUUGGCAUCUAAGGAUGUGCGUGUAUCGAAAUUUAAAGGCCAACGCCGAUAUUCAGGCCGUGUGGGAAGAUGACCUUGGCAGCGAUGAUGUAGGCCAGAUCCUCGAGCAGCCAGAUGCUGGACACAGGAUGGAGGUAGAGUUGUUCACGCGUCUGGGAGAACGAGUGGCUUAG